CUUUCUUCAUAGAUUCUCUACACAACUUUCCACCCACAACCACAACAUCCCGCGAUACAAUUGCACACCACAAACAUACACACUGCUCUCCUCCCCACUCUGCUUGCGCGAUGCCUAAGCGCAAACUCUCCUCAAUCCAGGAGCCUGCGCCCGGUGCCUUGCCUCGCCAGUCUCUCCCGCGCAUUGCAUCCAUGUCAAGCCCCCAGCAACGUCGCCGUCGCGGCGGUCCUAUGCGUCGCGGCUUCCCCACGCAGACGCCGGCUCAAGUUGCGCUGGGAUUCAUCCCCGGUCAAUGGGAACCUGUCUAUGUCCCCGACAUACCCUCCGACGGCGCGCGCACUGCUCUUGUAGGAAUGGUCAUGCGCAUAGCACAACAACCUCUUGAAACCUUGCGGGCCCUUUGUCACGCGACGGUACAACUGUAUCGGGAUUACACCCAAGGACGUCGUGUCCGCGCGGAGCCCGUCAAUCGCCCAGAUGGUGCUCGAAAGAGGCGCUUCAUCGACCAAGGUCCUAACCAAGACUCAGACCUGCCAGUCGAGAACCGCCCAAUUCGGUCCAGCAUCGAUGACUUUCUGAGUGUUAAACCUUUGGAGCUCGAGUUCGAGGGAGACAGGAGUUUUACAAGUCCGCCUGCGGAAUCCGAGGCCUCGGAGCUCGAGGCGAGAGAACUAUGGGAGAAAUGCGCGUUCCGAACUCUCUAUCCUGGUACUCAGCCCAAGGAACAUCAUAUCCCACGUUACGACAUUUAUCUUUCCGAGGGUUCCUCCGAUGAGUCUUCCGAUGAUGGGUCCCAGCACCUGUUUGGCGAUGUGCCUAUGGAGGAUUCCUUCGACAGCGAGGCUUCUGACACAACCGUGGACACUGCUGAGCUUGCUCCUGCCACCCACAUCCAUGCUGAGAGAGCUGUGGAGCCAACGCCGGAGUUAGCCACUGGAAGAGCAACUGAGCACGAAGCGCAGCUUACGGCGGAGCCUGCAACUCGUAUCUUGACGGGUGUUGCGACGGCCAGCGAGGAUACGGAUCGAAAUGAUCAAGCACACAGUGCCCCGGGCGUGGACUCGCAGCUGUCGGUCGGCGAGGUCACCUUCACGCCAACGCCAUUGAGCCCAUUCUCCGAGGGGAUGCCCACCCCUCUCUUGACUUCGACUCCUCGGUUUAUCCCACCAACCGGAGUCCCCAAACAUAAACGAGUAGCAGAGCUAGCCCCCAAGCUAUCGCCCGUUGCCCAUGCAAAGCAAAGGCCAUCACCCCUGCGCACUCUGCUUACACCAGUUGCGAAAGGCAAGCCCUCAAAGUCUCAGCAUCAACUCGAAAAGAAGGCGGUUGCAGCAGUCAUCAAGAAUGCCACAGACAGAACUCGUCAAGAGGACACACACAAGAAGUCCACCGGAUCAGCUAUCGCAGCUGAACUGUUGAAUGUCCCCCAGAUCUUCCCGACAAUGUGGACUGAGGAGAUGUCAACCCUGGACGAUGCACCUCCUUUGAAGGAGACAGGGUUCGCGGAAAAGGCCCACAUCCGCACAUUUUUGCGAGAUGGUCUUGCUACCGAGAAGGUGGAGUCGUUCCUUGAGGACGUCCACUUCGACGUUACUGUACUCUCUGGGGAGGGGGUUGAGGAGGAACGGGAAAUCCUCUCCUCGCCAAUGUAUCAGAAGAUAUCGCCACCCGUUGUCGUUGAGGAGUUAAGCCCUUCCCCUCCUCCUGAACCAUUACUCCCUGAGCUGUCCAUCGAGCAGCUUAAAUGUCUUGUUGAAGCAUCCAAGAAGACUAAUGGGGGUCGGAUACACAUGGAUCUUGCCAAGGGGAUCAAUACUCAUGACCUGAAGACAUUACUUCCCCACGAAUUCAACGGCAAUCCUAUUGCCUGGCUUAACGACAACAUUGUUAAUGAGUAUCUAAGCCUUCUAGUCGAACAUGAGAAGAAGAAAGCGGGAUACCAACACAAACCCGGCGGUCCUGCCCCGCCAGUGCACGCCUUUCCGUCGCAAUGGUCUGGAAAACCCGAUAAGGACCUUGUCGAUCUCCUUUUGGCCUGGCUUGAGCAGGAGCUAGGCGACGCUUUUGUAAAGAGCGAGUGGACCUACGAUCAGCAUCAGAGGUCUAUGCAACAGCUGAAUGCGAGCGACUGCGGUGUCUUCACUUGCUUGAACGCCGUCGCACUCCUCAGAUCCGAGGACCCGAGUUUGGUCCAAAUCACUGAUGGCAUGCACGAGGCGCGUCGUCAUAUUGCGGCUACCCUCCUCUCCGGACAUGUCAAUGGAGAACUGUGA